UUUAAAUACCCAUCCCCGCCGCCUCCAAAUUUCCCACCACCGCCUCCGCCGCCGCCGCCGGAAAAAUAAAUCAUCUCAAAUUUCUUCAACUCUCCCGACCAUGUCAUCACUCUCAGCAAAACUAAUAGCUCCAUCCUUCCCAAACCCCAAUCAUAGACUCAGCACCCCCAAACUCCAGGCCACGCCGCCGCAGACGGCGGCGCCGGCGCCGGAAAAAACCGAUUCGGCGAGGCUGGAUCCCCGGACGGAAGAGAAGGACGGAUAUUUCGUGGUGAAGGAGAAAUUCCGACAGGGGAUAAACCCUACGGAGAAAAUCAAAAUCGAGAAGGAACCUAUGAAAUUAUUCAUGGAAAAGGGGAUCGAGGAGCUGUCGAGAAUACCUCUGGAAGAGAUGGAGAAGUCGAAGGUGAGUAAGGACGACGUCGAUGUCCGGCUCAAAUGGCUGGGACUGUUCCACCGGCGGAAGCAUCACUAUGGUCGAUUUAUGAUGAGGUUGAAGCUCCCGAACGGGGUUACGACGAGUGCCCAAACUCGGUAUUUGGCGAGUGUCAUUCGGAAAUACGGCCCCGACGGAUGCGCCGAUGUCACAACUCGUCAAAAUUGGCAAAUCCGGGGCGUCGUAUUGCCCGAUGUGCCCGACAUUCUAAAAGGGCUCGAUAAAGUCGGGUUGACGAGCUUGCAAAGUGGAAUGGACAAUGUGAGGAAUCCCGUCGGGAACCCUCUCGCCGGAAUCGAUCCCCAUGAAAUCGUCGAUACGAGGCCCUAUACGAAUUUGCUUUCGCACUACAUUACCGGAAAUUCUCUCGGCAAUCCCGCCAUUACUAACUUGCCGAGGAAGUGGAACGUGUGUGUGAUAGGGUCGCACGAUCUCUACGAGCAUCCACAUAUAAACGAUCUUGCAUACAUGCCGGCGACGAAGAAUGGACGGUUCGGAUUCAAUAUUCUUGUUGGCGGAUUCUUUAGUCCCAAAAGAUGCGCCGAAGCGAUUCCUUUGGAUGCAUGGGUUCCCGGCGACGACAUCAUUCCAAUUUGCAAAGCGAUACUUGAAACUUAUCGGGAUUUAGGGUCUCGAGGGAAUAGACAAAAAACAAGAAUGAUGUGGUUGAUCGACGAACUCGGCAUCGAAGGAUUUAGAGAAGAAGUCGUAAAAAGAAUGCCUCGACAAGAUUUGGAGAGAUCGUCUUCGGAAGACCUAAUCCGGACCCAAUGGGAGCGUCGACAGUACUUCGGAGUUCAUCCUCAAAAACAAGAAGGCUAUAGCUUCGUCGGGAUCCACAUUCCCGUCGGGCGACUCCAAGCGGAUGAAAUGGACGAGCUUGCCCGUUUGGCGGACACUUACGGCUCGGGAGAGCUCCGUCUUACCGUCGAACAAAACAUCAUCAUCCCGAAUGUCGAAAACACAAAAUUGAAUACACUACUCGACGAACCCCUCCUCAACGAUCGAUUCUCGCCCCGACCGCCGCUCCUCAUGCAAGGGUUGGUCGCGUGCACGGGCAACCAAUUUUGCGGGCAAGCGAUAAUCGAGACGAAAGCGCGCGCCCUUAGAGUGACGGAGGAAGUUCAAAGGCUCGUCUCGCUUACGACCCCCGUGAGGAUGCAUUGGACGGGUUGCCCGAACACGUGCGGGCAGGUGCAAGUCGCGGAUAUCGGGUUCAUGGGAUGCAUGACUCGGAACGCGGACGGGAAGGUCGUCGAAGGCGCGGACGUGUUCGUCGGAGGUAGAGUCGGAAACGAGAGUCACUUGGGAGAGGUUUAUAAGAAGGGCGUGCCUUGUGAUGACUUAGUCCCUUUGGUUGUCGAUAUGUUGGUUAACAAAUUUGGCGCUGUGCUGAAGGAGGGCAUCGACGUCGCUCAAGAAGAAAAUCGAGAUUUAUUAAAUUAAAUUUAUGGGUUUUUUCUUUAAUGUUUUUAUUGUCUUCAAAUUAUAUGUUUUUAAAUAAAAAUAUAUUGGAUAGGUAAGAAUAGUUGUAUGGCUUUUAAAAUAAGAAAUUUAAGAUAUGUUUUGGUCCGAAAAUUGAAAGAAGAAAAUUAGAAAAAAUUUCAUUUUUUUUUUUCU